CCAAGUGCCACAAUUCCAGGACAUAAAUUUUGCAGAAGAGUAGAUACAGUAUCAAAAUAUGGGGAUAUCGUACCUUCGUCUGAGACUCAAUUUUUGUCUGUUGUUUGCUCUCCUCGAAUGUGUGCAAACAAGGAUAGCAAUAAUUUGGUUAUAACUACAUCCAUGCUAUCCACUAGUCCCUUGGCGAUUAAAGCUGAAAGUUCUAGCAAUGUAUCAGGUGUUGAAAACAAUAGCAUAUUUGUAGACACACCGUUCAAAAGGAGCUUUGAAUCUCCUUCAGCGUGGAGAUCCCCUUGGUUUAUCAACUCUUUUGUACCAGGCCCCAGAGUUGAUACAGAGAUAACAAUCGAGGACAUCGGCUAUUUUAUGAGCCCAGGGGAUCAAAGUUAUGAUGCCAUUGGAUUAAUGAGGCAGUUAGGCGAGCAGACAGCAGCUGCAUUGGCAGAUGCCCAGGAGAUUUUGGGAGAUGAAACUCCUCAAACAAUACUGAAGGAAAAAUGCUUAAAAGACCUGGAGGAAGAAGAGGAUAACAAUAGCUGUCAGACAGGCUCGACUUCAAAUGUCUUGACGGAGAGGCGCACCCUUGAUUUUAGUGAUUGCGGGACACCAGGAAAGGAAGCAGGAAAGCUGUCUAGCAGCAUUGUUUUCUCUAGUUCCUCUUCCCAUCUCUUGAAGAGUUUCAGGUGAAAGGCUCCCAUGGCCGAGGCAUUUUACUGUAAAAUCAGAGAGUCUAUACACGUCUCAUUUGAUUAGUGUAUGAAUUGAAUUAUUCAGUUGUCUGAAUUUUGUCAAAGUAUGUGGAGUUCUUAUUUUAAUUAUCCAUAAGGCAUUGUUUUGCUGAACUUUUAUCAUAAUGAUUAUCUUCGCUUUCAAAAUGUAAUUUUUAUUUCAACAAUCAUUU